AUGUUCUACGUAUUUCGUUUCCUCGGAAGCUGUAAACCACCUCCGAAUCAACACGCCCAAGGUGCAAAAUCGUCACAUUAUCGUGCGAUGAAUGCGAGUUCGACUGCCGAGCUCAAUCUACUCACUGCACUUCGAACUUUGGGUGCACUACAGAAUCAGUCGGGCACAAACUCCACGGAUUCCGCCAAUUCUGCAACCACCUCUGUGACAAACAGUAGUGGUACAGGUCAAACACCGCCAACAGUGGACGCGGUCCGCAUUGCUGUGACUCAGCUUUCCAAGGCUGAACUUUUACGUAAUACACAACACCUGGUGGAUGGUUUGCUUCGUGUUCAAACCAGAGCAUCUGCAGCUGCGCCCAGCUACUUGAGUGUUGUUUUGCCAUGCCUGUUCCACUUAGUGAAUAAUGAACAUCAAGAUGUGCGCAUCGCCGCAGAUGAGGGAAUCAAUAAACUGAUUAAGUUUUUGCGUAUCAGCAUGACACACCAGCUGAUAUGUGAGCUGUUCUUGGAAAUAAAACGAGCCCAAAAUCCGCGGGCGAUCACUGCUGCUCUGGCCAAGUUUUCAAUGCUCACCCCGCGAAUCCGACCGUCCAAGCUAAGGUGA